GGAGCCAACACAACUUUGGUGCCGGAUCUGGAAGAGACCCCCCCCUUGGAUGCCCACCGAAGACCCCUGUGGCCCCCAGCCUCCUCGAAACAGCCCCCCCGGUCAGUGACAACACGAUGGGACUCUGGGCUUCUCUCCUGCGGGUGUGAGUGUGUGUGUAUAUGUGUGUGUGUGUGGCACACACAGGCGGAAAGCGGGGCUGAUUCCUUCGUUCGGGUUGCUGGCGAGGAGGAGACACAGGACGGAUUGUAGAGCUUCGUAAGGCAGCCAAGGCUUUUGGGGGAACACGGGGAAGUGUGCAAGGCACUUUCUGACCCCCAACACCACCACCACCACCACACCUGGGCACACACCAUGCUGUGGAACAUCUUCCUGCUGUUGUUGCCAAUCUCUGGUCUGCUGGCCCGAGUGCUGGAGUCCCGGAGCAGCGUGACAGCGGUGUUUGGCAAAGACGUGGUGCUCCCCUGCAGCUACCAGGCCACGCCGGGCGAGACGGUGCUGCAGGUCACCUGGCUGAAACGAGGGGAGGGCGGGCAGAGUGUGGAGCUAGCCAUCCUGAAUUCGGAGCAUGGGGUCCACAUCCAGGAGGCCUAUGCGGGCCGGGUGCUGCGCCAGGGGCAGGGCUCCUUGGUCAACGGCUCCGUCCUGCUGAAGAACGCGGUGCAGGCCGACGAGGGCAGCUACGAGUGCCACCUCAUCACCUUCCCCCGGGGCAACUUCGAGUCCCAUUUGGCUCUCAAGGUCCUAGUGCCCCCGUUGCCGACUCUGAACCUCGGACCCCCGCUUGAGGAAGGGCAGGGCCGCACGUUGGCUGCCUCCUGCACGGCAGAAGGGAACCCCAUCCCCACCGUGACCUGGGAGACCGAAGUCCACGGAACAGCUAAGAACCAGGAAUCCUCGCAUUCCCGCUCAGCCUCGGUUACCAGCGAAUUCUACCUGGUCCCGGGGCGCAGCAUGCACGGCAAGGCCUUGACCUGUGUGGUUUCCCACCCAGGACUGCAGCAUCAGAAGAGGAUCACUCACACCCUCAGUGUGGCCUACCUCUCUGAUGCCUCCAUCCUGGGUCACGAGCCGGAGCAGGACUGGAUGGAAGGCAAGGAAGGGGCUUCUUUGAAGUGCCUCGGAGAUGGGAACCCACCCCCCAACUACAACUGGUCUCGGCUGAACGAGCCCCUUCCCAGGGGUGUGAGGAUCAAAGGGGACACCUUGCUCUUCCAGAGACCCCUCCGCCCUGAAGACGGAGGGGUUUACAUCUGCCGAGUGGCCAACAGCUUUGCAGCCAAGGAAGUGAGGGCGACGGUGGGCAUCAAAGGACUCCCAGCUCAGCAGGUGGAUGUGGUCUCCAUCUCCAUGAUUGGCGUGGGCAUCAUUUCGGUGGUCUUGGUCAGCCUGCUGAUCCUGGUGAUCGUCCUCAUGACGUGCUACCACAAGCGGAAAACGAAACGCAUCACAGAGAAAUAUGAGGAAGAACUGACUUUGACCCGGGAAAACUCAAUCCGGCGCCUGCAUUCGAGCCACAGCACGGAGACCCGGCAUCAGAUUGAGGAAAACCUUCCCCUGAGGGCGGAGAGCCGGCAAGGGAGUUUCCGCGGGGACAGCCUGUGCCGGGAAAGCCUCCGAGCGGACAGUCUCUGCCGGGACAGCAGGCAAGGCAGCUUCCGGACGGACAGCUUCCGGGAGACCAGCCUCUGCUCAGUGAUGGGAGAAGAAGCUGAGGGACGUAGCUACUCAACCUUAUCCACCGUCCGGGAGAUUGAGACCCAGACCGAGCUUCCCCCACCGCCCCCCACCCCUGUCCCAGAAGAUCAGGUGGAGGAGAAGGAGAAGGAGAAAGAAGAAGAGGAACAGCGGAACGACGAAAACAAUAUCAAGCAAGCAAUGACUCACUUCGUCCAAGAGAACGGCACCCUCCGAGCGAAGCCCACCUCCAACGGCAUCUACAUCAACGGACGGGGACACUUGGUCUGAUGGCUCACCCCCCCUUCCUUGCCAGAUUCCCAGAUCCAAGCCAGCUCUGAGCCCUCCUCCUAACUGCUUCCUGGUGCCUCUCUUUUGGAGGAGUGGCAAAGAGCCCUUGAGACUCAGGUCCCCUUUUUCUGAGCCACCGGUCCACCCAGCUGCAAGCUGUCCACCUCGGGAUCUCCUAAAGGCCUCUUCCUUCUUCCCAGGACUUUGGCCAACACCGAAGUCAACUUCUCCUCCAACGUGCGAGAGAUCCCGAAGAUACUCAGAGGCCAGUUCAGGAAGUGGGAGACUCUUUUUUUUUUUUUCCCCAACUGAUCUGGGCUGCCUCUUUGUGCAAAUUAUUUUUGGAACCUUUUGAGGCCAGGGCUGAUUCGGGCAGGGGAACAGACAAAGCGUUGGAGAAGGGAGAAGCUCUCCAGGUGACUCGGCUGGGCAAAACCAUUGAAACUCUUGCGUCUUUUAUGGUAAUUAUUAUAUCUGCUGUUGCCGUUGUUAAGAUGGUCCUUGGUCCAUCCUGGAAAAAGGUUCCCAAAGGCCACCAGCAGUUAAAAAGAGGAGCUCAAUUUUAAUUAUUAUUUUUAUUUGUAUUAUUAAUAUGAACUGGGCAAGGAACAUUUCCACUGUAAGCUUCAAGGACUUUCCAGGAAAUGCUGAAGAAAGUAUCUGGAGAUCCCAACAGAAGUCCUUCUACUGCAGUGGUUCUCAACCUUUUUAAUGCCGCGACCCCCAACCGGUCGUAAGUCGAGGACUACUCAACCGGUCAUAAGUCGAGGACUACUCAGCUGCUGCAGCACCGUUUGCAGACUGGGACU